ACAGCACAGGAGUACAAAUUUCACUUUUUACCCAAGUUUCUGAUCAAUUCGGUUCUCCUAAUUGUCCUCUCCAGAACUUCUCUUAUUAUCAGCCCGUAUUCUCGCCAAUACAGCAUGGAUUUGCUUUCAGCGAUCAUCGACUGCAUUCGCGGUCCACAAUACAUCGAAACCCACAGCGAAGAAGACAUCGCCGAAAAAGUAGUCCACAUAAUCUCAACAACCGAAAAGCGUGGACUCGCCCUACAAGCCCAAAUCAAAGACACUCUUGUCAGUACAGAAGGAUGGACAGAAUCCCUCGCGAAAGCCAUACUUGUCAAACUGCAACAAGUCAUCGAAAAAGGGCAGAGAAGUGAAAUGGGCGCCGUUCUGCAAGAAGCCGUUGACUCUACGAGUCGUGUCAUAGAUGAGAUUUUUCGAUUUGCGACUGAUCAUCCUGUUGCAGCAACCGUUUUUUGCACACUUGUUGCUAUUGGUAUUCUUGUCGCGGUUUCUCCGUGGUUAAUUGAGGUGUUGGGGUUUGGGGAGCUUGGUCCAGUUGAGGGAUCUUUUGCUGCUCAGUGGCAAUCAUUGUACCGUGGAUAUGUUUCCAAGGACUCCUUGUUUGCGUUCUUUCAGCGUCUGGGGAUGGUAUGGCAUUAAUCAUUCUUGUAUCAGCUUAGCUGUGCAGCCUGUCAGAACAGCUAGGAUAUACUUGCUUUCUAAGAGCUCUAUUUAUGAAAAAUAGGCUGAUUAUUCAGUAUGAGAUCCUACCAUUGAUCUCAGCCAUAAUACUAUGCUUUUUUUCGAAGGGAAUGAUCUCCUCCGGAACUAUUCCAGCCC